GUUUUUAACCCUUCUCCCUGACUAUGUUCAAUCGAAGGCCUUUGUUGCGAUACUCCUCGUGUUUUGACUGGACAAAAAGAGUUUCAGUCUGAAACGUGGUCAGAAGACCACAGUGAAACACUACUGAGGCGGUAUCCCUCCUGAAGUGUUGUGAUGUUUCAGAUACCUUAUUCCUUGUGGAUUAUAUACUGUAUUCAUGUUCAGCUUUUCCAGUAUGCAGGGAGACAACUUUCUUCUGCCUGUCAUGCCCUUGCAUCACACAAUGAAGUACAUCCUUGUGACGGGUGGUGUCAUCUCGGGUAUCGGUAAGGGCAUCAUCGCCAGCAGCGUUGGAACCAUCCUGAAGUCAUGCGGCCUUCAUGUGACAGCCAUCAAAAUUGAUCCUUAUAUCAACAUUGAUGCUGGCACCUUCUCACCUUAUGAACAUGGUGAAGUCUUUGUGCUGGAUGAUGGAGGGGAGGUGGAUCUGGACCUGGGGAACUACGAGCGAUUCCUGGACAUCCGUUUAACUCGGGACAACAACCUCACUACUGGCAAGAUCUAUCAGUCUGUCAUCAACAAGGAAAGAAGGGGAGACUACCUCGGCAAGACUGUGCAAGUGGUUCCCCACAUCACAGACGCCAUCCAGGAGUGGGUCAUGAAGCAAGCCAAGGUUUCUGUGGACGAGGACGGCAUUGAACCUCAAGUUUGUGUCAUCGAGCUGGGAGGGACAGUCGGGGACAUCGAGAGCAUGCCGUUCAUCGAGGCCUUCAGACAGUUCCAGUUCAAAGUGAAGCGAGAGAACUUUUGUAAUAUCCACGUCAGCCUUAUACCACAGCCCAACACCACAGGAGAACAGAAGACGAAGCCAACUCAGAACAGUGUGCGAGAGCUGCGUGGUCUGGGCUUGUCGCCAGAUCUGAUUAUGUGCCGCUGCACGACACCGCUAGAAACGGCUGUGAAGGAGAAGAUCUCCAUGUUUUGUCAUGUAGAGCCCACACAGGUGAUCUGUGUCCACGACGUCUCCUCCGUGUACAGGGUUCCUUUGCUCCUGGAGGACCAGGGCGUCGUCGGGUAUUUCCGUCAGAGGCUCAACCUUCCUAUCGAGAUGAAGCCCAGGAAGAUGCUGACCAAGUGGAAAGAGAUGGCAGACAGGUCCGACCGACUGCUGGAGCACGUCUCCAUCGCGCUCGUAGGAAAGUACACCAAGCUGUCAGACUCGUACACGUCCGUCACCAAAGCUCUCGAGCACUCGGCCCUCGCUAUUAAUCACAAACUAGAAGUCAAGUACAUUGACUCUGCCGACUUGGAGACCACGACCCUCCAAGACGAGCCGGUGAAAUAUCACGAAGCCUGGCAGAAGCUCUGCAGCGCCGAUGGCGUGUUGGUACCUGGAGGGUUUGGUGUGAGAGGAACAGAAGGAAAGAUUCUGGCCAUUAACUGGGCCAGGAAACAGAACAAGCCAUUCUUGGGUGUGUGUUUGGGCAUGCAGCUUGCUGUGUGUGAGUUCGCCCGAAACGUCCUGGGCUGGGAAGAUGCAAACUCCACCGAAUUCAAUCCAGACUCCACGCACCCAGUGGUUAUUGACAUGCCAGAGCACAAUCCAGGGCAAAUGGGUGGCACCAUGAGGCUGGGAAAGAGGCGGACCAUUUUCAGAUCCAAAACCAGUGUACUCAGGAAACUGUACGGCGAUGUUGAAUACGUUGACGAGCGACACCGACACAGGUUUGAGGUGAACCCUGAGCUCAAGCACCAUUUCGAAGAGAAGGGCUUUCAGUUUGUGGGCCAGGACGUGGAGGGCGAGCGAAUGGAGGUCAUUCAGUUGGACGAUCACUGCUACUUUGUUGGCGUUCAGUAUCACCCAGAAUUCACCUCCAGACCCAUCAAGCCUUCUCCUCCAUACUUCGGCCUCCUGCUCGCCUCUGCAGGGAAACUACAGAGCUUCCUGGCCAAAGGCUGCCGGCUGUCUCCCAGGGACAACUACAGCGACCGCAGCGGCAGCAGCUCUCCUGAAACUGACAUCUCUGAGCUCAAGUUCCCCUCCUUGUAGCAUGAUUCGUAUCAUGAUAAACCGCUACUCUCAACUGACUCCACCGAAUCUUCACUGAUCCACUUCAUGUGUUUAGGUUUUUCAAACUUGUUUGUGUGUUAAAGGGCUGUUUCUGCUCUGCAGCAAAGAGCCUCCAUUUUUAGUUUUUUUUUUUUUUUUUUUUUUAGCUCUUCCAUGAAUGGAAACUCGACUGCAAGUAUAUUUUGUUCUUUAGAAUGUCACUCAGCAAGAUGUUUCAGAGCAAAGGAGAGAUUUCAUAAUAUUUAAGGCUCGCUGCAUCCAGCUUUUACUGGAGCCACCUUUUUAGAUUUGUAAUGCAACGCUUGGAAAUGUCGCUCUGCGUCCAUCAAGUUUUAUGCAUUGUCUUUCCACGGACGUGUUCAACCUCUGGGAGUGCUGUACAUAUACAGAACGUCAUAUGAAGCUUCAGGGUCUGGAUGUGUGCAAAAACCUCGGACAUGUCGCCAGCAUGCAUGUAUAUCUUAUAAAUAUGCCGGGAAGAAUAGGCCUUUUAACAUUGUCCAGCUGUUAAGAUGCAGUCAAUAUUAGCUGGUUUCAGAAGUAAGUAAAGUUGUUGGGAAAGUUAUGAACCUCAUUGAAUAUUUUCUGUCAUUUAUCUACUGGAAUUGAGGUGUUUUCUUUCUGCUCGGCUUUGACAAGGAGCUGAAACUAGCACUGGACAACAGCAGUCAGUCUUGACUUGAAUUUGUUUGAUGCCUCAGUCACGUGACUUAAUAAAGAAAAGUAUCC